ACCCUUUUAUUUUCUCUGUUCUUCGUUCAUUGUUUUGUUUCUUAGCCUCCAUACACAUACCUUUUCCUCAGGACACCAUCAUUCUAGAGAGAGAAAAUCUCCGUUUCUCAUUUUCUUCUGUGGUUUAUAACAACACAAUCGUUUAUUUGAUUUGUGUUUUUAAGAAAAAACGUGAAAAAUGGCCAUACAAGCUCAGAUGUACCCCGAUAAUCUUGGUUUACCAUUGUUGGGUGGUGGCAACGGUGGUGGUGUUGGUGGUGGUGUUGCGCAACAAGAUUGGUUGUUGUUGGCGAACAACCAUAUGAACAACAACAAUAACAGCAACAGCUUUUUUAAUGGUUGUGGGUUUAAUGAGUUUACUGGUAAUAGUAAUCUUCAACAACAGAAGCAACAGCAGCAAUUUCAAUACCAGCAGCAACAACAACAACAAGCGUUGUUACAACUUCAGCAACAGUAUUUGGCUCAACUUCAACAACAACAACGUGAUUCUUGUGUUAGUAAUAUUAAUAAUGACGGUUUUGUGUUUUUGUCAUCGUCAAAAAACUGUACAACCACAACAACUGCUACAACGCCAACCGCUAGUACCACUACAAGUGGAAGUUGUGAUUAUCAGAUGCCAAUGAAUUUUUCACCGAGUUUUUCUGAUCAACUCGAAAAACAGAGGCAGGAGAUUGAUAGAUUCAUUACUUUACAGAAUGAGAGGCUUAAAAUGACAUUACAAGAACAGAGGAAACAGCAAUUAGGAGCAAUAAUGAGGAAAUUAGAAGCGAAAGCAAUGCAAUUAUUGCGUCAAAAAGACGAAGAAAUUGCAAGAGCAACAAAAAGAACAAUGGAUUUAGAAGAAAUAAUCCGAAAAAUGGAGAAUGAAAAUCAAGAGUGGCAAAGAUUGGCAACAGAGAAUGAAGCAAUGGUGUUAACAUUGAACAACACAUUGGUGCAACUGAAAGAACAACAAGCAGGUUGUUUGACAACAACGUCAUCAUCAUGUUGUUCGAAUGAAGUUGACGAUGCAGAAUCAUGCUGUAAUGUUGUUGACAAUAGCAACAAUGAGUUUUCCAAUAAAAAGAGGAAAAGAGAUGAAACAGGGGUAGUUGUUGCAGAAACAGGGGAAAAGAGAGAGAAAACAGGGGAAGUGUUGUGCAAAGUUUGCAAAACUGGAAAAUCGUGCGUGUUGUUGUUGCCUUGCAGGCAUCUGUGUUGCUGCAAAGGAUGUGAAUCUUUUGUUGAUGUUUGUCCUGUUUGUAAAUCUGUAAAAAUGGCAAGCAUUGAAGCUCUUAUUUCAUGAAAAUAGAUAGGAGAGGAAAAAAAAAACAGAUUUUUUUAUUUAAUUUUUUUUAGGAAAAUUUGUCUAGAUUUGAUCAGAGUAAAAAAGAAAAAAGAAAACGGGUGAAAUGAAUUGAAAAAAUACCCCAUUUUGAUCCUUUGUUACUGUUAUUUUAGUCUUUUGGUAAAUACUAUUUUGUCCUUUUUGACAGAUAAAAUCAGAGGUGAGUGGAGGGAAAUCACAAUCAAUUGAACAGAAUUUUAGUA